UCGACGCCAUGUCGAGCACUCAUGACGAAGUAAUUUUCGGGAACUUUCCUGAUGUUGGCCCACAAAAAUCCGCGUUUUAGUUUGAAAAGAACUUUAUUAAUAGACGUUUGUACAUACUAUAACCGCGAGAAAGCUUCAAAAGCAUUUUGGAGCUUUCGUUUCCAUUUUAAUGGAGUAAUAUGAAUCUGGACUCGCUUUCAUUUGCUCUGGCAGAACUCACUUACUCAGUUGCCAAUCUAACAAAGAAAAAUUUUAAAGCAAGCGUUACAGAAAUAAAAUAUCUUGUUGACCAGCACGGGGCGGAGGCUGAUCGUCAUCUGUUUCGCUGUUUGUUCUCUCACGUCGAUUUCAGUGGUGAUGGUAAAAGUAGUGGCAAAGACUUACACCAGGCCCAGUUUUUAACCCAGGAGUGUGGAAAUCUCCUGAGCAAACCCAAUUUUGAGUCUACUCUGUGCUACGCCAUCGACAACCCACUGCAUCAUCAGAAGAGUUUACGAUCAUCCUCGCAGCUGUUCUCUCAGCUCAGUAAAGUGUUAAAGCUAACGAAGGUUCAAGAAGUUGUGUUUGGAUUGGCUCUUCUCAACUCCUCCAAGACUGAUACGCGAACCUACGCUGCUCAGUUCAUCAAACAGAAACUACCAGACCUACUGCGAACAUACGUGGACGCAGACAUCAGCACACGACAAGAGGGCGGACUUCAGGACGUGUGUGUGGAAGUGCUGCAUCUGUUGCUCACUCACCUCGCUCAGAGUAAAGAUCACUUCGGCAUUGGCGACGAACAAGAGGAAGCCUUCCUCAAGACUCUUAGACGAGACUUCCCGCGCGACCGAGUGCCAGCUGUGCUCGCCCCACUGCUGUAUCCCAAACUCGAAGACAUAUCUGAGGCAAAACUAUUGGACAUAUCCAACAUGCCUAAAAGCAUGAUGGAAGCCUCCAUAUCUGACAUGAUACUGGAACAAGGGUACAGCUGCACUUCAAGUGUUGAAGAAUGCCGGAACACGCUGAUGCAGUUUGGCGUGAGAGAAUUGGUUCCGUCGGCUAUCGCCAGGGUUCUGGGCAUGAUGGCUCGAAUGCCGACUGGCCUAGGAGAAUCACAGCCUGCAACGUCCGUGGCUGUGGGCAGUGGGUGGUCAGACAAGGACCGCGCAGACCAGCCUGGUGUCAACACGUGGAAUGUUGACGUCUUCGUUCAGGUCGUCCAAGAUUUGGCCCCUCAGCUGAACUGGAAGGAAGUGGUGGCCCACCUCGAUCACCCACAGUUUGUGGUGAGCAACAAGAAAGGUCUCAAACUGCUUGUACAGGGUCUGUUCCGAGGGCUACAGGAUCUCUUCCCCACAGAGUACAUCUACAAACAGUGGCAGAACACAGAGGGACAGCUGUCAUUCUUGCUACACGCUCUCCGGAAUCCUGAUGUGUUCUGUUUUGCUGAUUACCCAGGAGACACCGUCGUCAUAGAUAUCCUCAAGGCCACGCCCAAUGAUGAAGACAGAGAAGUGGCAACCUGGAAAUCGCUGAACCUCGUUGAGACUCUGCUCAGACUGUCGGAGGCGGGUCACUAUCAGCCGGUGUCCGACUUGUUCAAGUUCCCCAUCAACAAGUGUCCAGACAUGCUAGUCCUUGCCUUGUUACAGACCACACCCACGUGGAACACUCUGAAGCAGGAACUGAUCUCCACGCUGAUGCCGAUCUUCCUCGGUAGUCAUGCCAACUCGGCUGUGGUGCUGCACUAUGCCUGGCAUCACCAGGGCCACUCUGGGACGAUCAGGACACUGAUAAUGCAUUCAAUGGCCGAGUGGUACAUGCGGGGAGAGCCACACGAUCAGACCAGACUGUCGCGUAUUCUUGAUGUUGCACAGGACCUCAAGGCCCUCUCCAUGCUGCUGAAUGCGACACCGUUUGCAUUUGUGAUCGACUUGGCCUGUUUGGCAUCGCGUCGAGAAUAUCUCAAACUCGACAAGUGGCUCACAGACAAGAUCCAGGAACACAAGGAGCCGUUCAUACAGGCGGGCGUAUCUUUUCUGAAGCGGCGAUGUCCUCCGCUGAUCAACACGCAGAACAAAGACGACCACCAGCAGUCUCGCAGCCAGCAGUUGCCCCCGGAAACCAUCGCGUGUAUGCUCACCUGUCUCAAGUCCUGGGCUAGUCAAGUGUCGCAAGAGUUGUCGGAGUCUAUCACGACGAUGUAUAACAACGCCACAGUAUUAUUCAACAAGCCGCGGCAACAGCCGCCCGGUGUCGUCGGAACUCACAAACCACCCGCUUUCUCGUCUGGCGUGGGCGGACAGGUGGAUCAGCUGGCGGGUCUCAACAUGUUGGGCCACAACCCGUCGUCGGCCGGGACGGGCGUCACAUCAGCAUUCCAGAGUGUUGGGUCGUCGGCGUUUCCCUCGGGUGGCUCGACCGGUUUUCCCACCGGCUCCCCGGGCUUUGCCAUGGGGGUCACAUCGGCCUUCCCCACCGGAAUCACCUCCGCGUUUACCACUGGCCUCACCUCGGGAUUCCCGACCGGCGUCACGUCGACGUUCCCGACCAGCGUCACGUCAGGCUUUCAGACCGGAGUGUCGUCGGCCUUUUCCACGGGCGUCACCUCCGCAUUCCCAACAGGUGUAACAUCGGCUUUCCCUACAGGUGGCUCGUCCGUGUUUCCCACCGGGGGUGCUUCUGGUUUCCUAACCAGUGGGUCAUCAACAUUUCCUACCGGCGGUUCAUCAACAUUUCCUACUAGUGGUUCGUCAACUUUUCCUACCGGCGGCUCAUCAACAUUUCCUACCGGCGGCUCAUCAGCAUUUCCUACCGGUGGCGGCUCAUCAACAUUUCCUACCGGUGGCUCAUCAACGUUUCCUACUGGUGGCUCGUCAACUUUUCCCACAGGCGGUUCAUCAACAUUUCCUACUGGAGGCUCAUCAACUUUCCCUACAGGUGGAUCAUCGUUUCCUACUGGUGGAUCAUCAACGUUUCCCACAGGUGGAUCGUUUCCAACUGGGGGCUCAUCAACGUUUCCCACAGGUGGCACAUCAACGUUUCCCACAGGUGGCACAUCAACGUUUCCCACAGGUGGCACAUCAACGUUUCCCACAGGUGGAUCAUCAACAUUUCCAACGGGCAGUUCAUCGUUUCCGACAGGUGGUUCGUCAUCGUUUCCGACUGGCGGAAGUUCGUCAGCUUUUCCCGCUGGUGGAUCUUCGGUGUUCCCGUCUGGCGGGACCUCGGCCUUUUCCAGCGGAGGAUCUUCUGUCUUCUCGUCGGGCAACUCGGCAGCUUUUCCUACAGGAAACCUGACAGCGUUCCCGUCUGGUCUGCCGUCAGUGUCGUCCCAGGCAAGCGGAACCCCAGGGUCACCGUCCAAGUCGUUCACAGGAAUGUCGCAGACUAACACAUCGUUCAUCCCGCUGCAUUCACUCGCAUCGCAGUUCCAGAACCUGGGAUUACAAACUCCUAUUUCCACGGCUGUUGGCCCACCUAGGAAUCCCGUGAACUCGCUGGCUACACUGAGUGCCCAGGUGGCCGUCAAACAAACCACGGAUCCUGUACCUGCGGAAAGACCAAACUCCGCACGAGCUACGACGGGUGGAGCGCAGGGCGACAUGGCAAACAUCUUCCCGGAGAUGACCCAGCAAUUCAGCAAGGAGGUGGAGGACAAGGCGAACGGCUACUUCCAGCAGAUCUACAACCAGCCACCCCACCCCACCAUGUCCAUUGACGAUGUCCUCGAAAUGCUCAAAAAGUUCAAGGACUCUCAGAACAAGAUGGAACAGGAUGUGUUUGCGUGUAUGCUGAGAAACCUAUUUGAAGAGUACCGCUUCUUCCCCCAGUACCCGGAGCGAGAGCUCCACACUACUGCGGUGCUGUUUGGUGGAAUCAUCGAGCAGGGCAUUGUCACAUAUUGGACUCUUGGCAUUGCCUUGAGAUACAUCUUGGAAGCCUUACGAAAGCCUUAUGGAAGUAAAAUGUACUACUUCGGCAUUGCCGCCCUCGACAGAUUCAAAACAAGACUGAAGGAUUACCCUCAGUAUUGUCAACAUUUGGCAGCAAUUUCACAUUUCCAGCAAUUUCCACCGCAGCUUAUAGAGUAUGUUGACUACGGGUCGCGAUCCCAGGAGCCACCCAACAUGCCUCAGACGACAUCAUCCACACCAACUGCAGCAGCCGGGACACCGAUCAGUGGCGGGCCGCCCACCAGCACCGGCAUCAGCAUGGUCACGGCACCCAAGACCUCCGAUAUGAGCAGCGUUACCGGGGUGACGGCCGCGACAGCGGUGGCUGGGACAUCGAUUACCACAACCACCGUCACCAAGCCAUCAGCUGGGCCCGUGUUCCCUAAACCUUCCAUUGCCACAGCGACGAACAUCGACACACUGCUGGCCGGACAGGGUAAGGAGGAGAUUGCUGUGCCCCCGGAACAGCUGCAGGACAAGGUGUUCUUCAUCUUCAACAAUCUGUCCCUCGCCAACAUGAACGCCAAGGGUGAGGAGUUGAAGGAACAGGUCAGUAAGUACAUGACGUGGUGUGCCCAGUACCUGGUCAUGAAGCGAGCCAGCAUCGAGCCCAACUUCCACACACUGUACUCGAACUUCCUCGAUGUUCUACAGAUGCAGGAUAUCACCAACACCGUCGUCAAGGAGACGUUCAGAAACAUCAAGGUGCUGUUGAGAAGUGACAAGGGGGUUGCUAACUUCUCCGACAGGACUCUGCUCAAGAAUCUGGGUCACUGGCUGGGAAUGCUUACUCUGGGCAAGAACAAACCUAUUCUACAGAUUGAUAUCGACCUGAAAGCUCUGCUGUACGAGGCCUACCAGAAGGGAGCCCAGGAGCUGCUCUAUGUCGUGCCGUUCAGUGCCAAGGUCCUUGAAUCCUGUGCUAAAAGCAAGGUUUUCAAGCCGCCGAACCCGUGGACGAUGGCGAUCAUGAACGUCCUGGCAGAACUGCACAUGGAGCCCGACCUGAAGCUGAAUCUCAAGUUUGAAAUAGAGGUGUUGUGUAAAACACUGGGCCUCGACGUCACUGAACUGAAGCCCACCAACUACCUGAAAGAUCCGAUGCGUCUCCACACCAUCGAGUGCCAGUUGUCUCCCCAUGCCCCCCAGAAGACUGGUAACACUCCGCAGCCCGAGGAGUCGGUGGUUCCAAUCCUGUCAAUGACGGUUCCCCCGGCUGUUGUCUCCUCGGCAACCACGCUGACCACACCCACAUCAGUUGCCAGCUCCACCACCCCAAGUCUGCCUCCGCAGCCGCAGUACAACUUCCACGACAUCAACGCAUCGUCCUUCACCGGGCUGGCACAGCACAUCAUCAUUAACGACCAGAUCGCGCUGCUGCACCAGAACCCUCAGCUGAAGCCGUGCGUGCGCCAAGCCAUCGACCGAUCCGUGCAGGAGCUACUCCCACCCGUCGUCGAGCGAUCCAUCAAGAUCGCACUCACCACGUGUGAGCAGAUAGUCCGCAAGGACUUUGCCCUUGACCCUGAAGAGAUGCGCAUGAGAUCGGCUGCUCACUUCAUGGUUCGAAACAUCACCGCCGGCCUUGCCCUCAUUACCUGCAGAGAGCCGCUUUUCAUCAGUAUUACCAACAACCUUAAAAUGGCAUUCUUGUCUGUGCUGCGGGGAGCGACCGCAGCCCAGAAGUCAAUCGUUGAAGAAACCGCCCAACUUGUGGCGCAGGAUAAUGCUGAGCUGGCGUGUGCAUUUAUCCAGAAAACGGCCGUGGAAAGGGCCAUUCCUGAAAUGGACAAACGUCUUGCCACAGAGUUUGACCUGAGGAAGCAUGCUCGUACGGAGGGUCGGCGCUACUGCGACCCGGUUGUGUUGACCUACCAGGCAGAGAGGAUGCCCGAACAGAUCAGACUGAAGGUUGGAGGAGUGACAUCGCAGCAGAUCGCUGUGUAUGACGAGUUUGCGAGGAACAUCCCCGGAUUCCUGCCCCUCGCUGACAGCACGCUGCCACCUGGCAUCACAAAACCUACUCCAUCGUAUGCCCCGGACGACAUCACCCUCAUAUACGACAAGAUAGCACGCGAGAUUGAGCAGCACUUGCAGCAGAUGAUGGGAAUCCCCACCACCAGUCCCAUGGGGGGCCAGGUUCACAGCUUACUGGAGGCUGUGUUGUUGGCGCGCAACUCUCGCGAGAUCGUCUCAGCCAUAGCUCUCCUGCAGAAGGCUGUCGAGGGUCUGCUAGACCAGUAUUCCAUGUCCACGUUGACGACCACAGACCAGGAAAUGCUUCUGCGAUUCCGCGAAUGUCACCUCGUGGUUCUCAAAGGCUUGCACGACCCGAGAGCGUACGGCCCACAGUGGACAAGCAAAGAAGUCACCAGGUGUCUGAUCCAGCGUCGUGACGACUACAAGUACAAUCUUGACGCGAUUGACUGUCUGAUCCGCAACCAGCUGGUGAACAUGCAGCAGUACGAUGCGUACCUCGCGCAGGUGAUGGAAGGUGGCCUCAACCACAUCGGCGUGUCCUUCUGCAUACAGCUCAUACAGAGGUUCUGCAUCGACGACAAGCACACCGGCAUUCUCAACGAGGCGGACCUGUCGAAUACGAUCGAAGCUCUGAGUAGCGUCGCCUCGCGUUCCAGACAGCAUCCAGAGGGAUUGACUUUCAGUCUUUCCACACUGCUGGAAAUGAUUCGUCAGAACAGUGAUGGAGGUUUGUUGGAUCGAACCCCCGGGGGUCCCACGUCGAUGAUGCAGUCUGGGAUAUCGCAGGCGCGCGAGUUUGAUGACCCGCCAGGUCUUAACGAGAAGACAGAGUACCUGCUGCGAGAGUGGGUCAACAUGUACCACUCCCCCGCCGCCGGGCGGGACAGCACUAAAGCUUUCUCCGCCUUCGUUCAACAGAUGCACUCGCAGGGAAUUCUGAAGACGGACGACCUGAUAACCCGUUUCUUCCGCCUGUGUACGGAGAUGUGCGUGGACCUGUGUUACCGAGCGCUGGGUGAGCAGACCCACAGCCCGACGCUGAUCCGCGCCAAGUGUUUCCACACGCUUGACGCCUUCGUGCGACUCAUCGCGCUGCUCGUCAAACACUCCGGGGACACUGCCAACACCGUCACCAAGAUCAACCUCCUCAACAAGGUGCUGGGUAUCGUGGCCGGUGUGUUGUUACAGGACCACGAGGUGCGGUACACCGAGUUCCAACAGCUGCCGUAUCACCGCAUCUUCAUCAUGCUGUUCAUAGAGCUGAACGCCCCUGAGCCCAUCCUCGAGAGCAUCAACUUCCAAGUGCUCACCGCAUUUUGCCAUGUAUUCUACAUCCUGCGACCAGCCAAAGCCCCCGGGUUUGCCUACGCAUGGCUGGAGCUUGUGUCUCACAGAGUUUUCAUUGGUCGACUUCUCGCACUUACUCCACAGCAGAGGGGCUGGGGUAUGUACGCCCAGCUGCUAAUUCACUUGUUCAAGUUUCUGUCUCCAUUUCUGAGGAACGCAGAACUGUCCAAGCCAACCCAGCUCCUUUAUAAGGGGACUCUAAGAGUGCUGCUCGUUCUGCUACAUGACUUCCCAGAAUUCCUCUGUGACUACCAUUACGCAUUCUGCGACGUCAUUCCGCCCAACUGUAUCCAGAUGAGAAACCUGAUUCUGAGUGCGUUUCCUCGCAACAUGCGCCUCCCCGACCCGUUCACCCCCAACCUCAAGGUGGACAGUCUGCCCGACAUCACGCACCCCCCUAGAAUACUGACCAACUUCGUCAACAUGAUUCAGCCUGCAUCUUUCAAGAAGGAUUUGGAUUCGUAUCUCAAGUCAAGGUCUCCCAUAAACUUCCUGCCAGAGUUAAGAAGCAGCUUACAGCUGAAUGAGCCGGGCUGCCACUACAACAUCCCGCUGAUGAACGCGCUCGUGCUGUACGUGGGUACGCAGGCCAUCCAGUUCAUCCACUCGAAGGGCCAGACACCGGGCAUCGGGACCAUCACACCCUCCACUCACAUGGACAUCUUCCAGAACCUGACUGUCAAUCUCGACACGGAGGGCCGCUACUUGUUCCUGACGGCCGUGGCCAACCAGCUGCGCUACCCCAACAGCCACACCCACUACUUCAGCUGCACCCUGCUGUGUCUGUUUGCCCAGGCGAACAACGAGGCUGUUCAGGAGCAGAUCACUAGGGUGUUGUUGGAGAGGCUGAUAGUGAACCGACCACACCCGUGGGGUCUUCUCAUCACGUUCAUAGAGCUCAUCAAGAACCCGUCGUUCAAGUUCUGGAACCACGAGUUCGUGCACUGCGCUCCCGAAAUAGAGAAAUUGUUCGAGUCUGUUGCUCGUUCAUGCAUGCAGCCGAAGACGACAACAACUAAUUCUAGAGAAGGAGACACUGCUGAAGUUCAUUAGACUGUGAAUAAACCAGCAGAACUGAGGUUCACUAGACCGUGAAUAAACACACAGAAUUCCACAUUGGAAAUUAGUGUCAUAGACAGAUGGUUGAAGAGGCAUACCAUAUGUGCAUGUGUCCACCUAGAUGGAGCAGAAAAAUCAUUUUCUUUAUCACACGGGUGUCUUUAAAUAUCGACACACACAACAUUGAUUUUCUCAUAUCACACUGGUGUCCUUAAAUAUCGACACACACAGGUUUAUUUUCUAAUGGACAACUGCUUUUGUAAAGAUGCUCAUAAAAAAAGUGGUUACAAAAUGUCUAGGAUGGAUUUCGUUGACAUUUGUGGUGUAUUGUAACGGAACUAAUCAUGUUCUAACAGAGAUUGACUGUCCUUCCAGUAUUUAAAUCUCCGUCGGCCCAAAGAAUACUAUGAGCUAUGUAUUUGUAUAUGUUGUGAGACGGGCACUGUUUGUGAACAUCGACCUUCUCAUAGGGUUGUUACUAGAUCACUAUCAUGAAAGAGGUAAAUUUUCAUGAGCAUUUAAUUUGAAAUGAGGUUGACAUUUGUUCUAAUUUUGUUGUACUUUUCAUAAACCGUGAGCUGAAUACUAACUCUGAGCUGAUUUCCGUGUUCAGAUGUCGUUUACUACUGUGAAGGUAUUUUUUUGACUAUUUAAUGUUUGUCAAAAAUGGGAAGUUGAUUACUACCGGUUUCAUAUUGUUAGGAUUAAACUGAAACAGGAUUGCAAUGGAUUUUGUUUGUCAAAAUGAGCAUAUUUUAAAAAGAGGAGCAUUUAUGUUUGGUUAAUAUUUAAAAAGAAUAUAGUUAUAUUGUUACAGAGCUGCUGGGGCUGGGAGAGGUGUGGUGUGCUAGGUUGGUGGAGGGGUGAGGGAAUCAUUUCAAACAACCUCCCACUAUUAAAAAAAACCCUGAAAUAAUUUUAAAAUUAAGUAAAUUAUCCUUCAUUGCACACAAAGAGUUUGUGUAAAUUAAAAAAAUUGUUUCCUGUGCCUUUUGUACUGUUCAAGACGGUCAUAUCACUGAUUCCACCUCUCUUCAGAAUUCUCCCAGUGGCUCUAUAACAUGCAAACAAAACUAGUCUCUCACAGGUAGUGUUUGAAUUUGUAGUUAGUAUUUAUUCUCACGAAGAAGUAAAACUAUUUCUGAAUUAACAGUAGUUUAAAAUUUUAAUAAAUUGUGUAGCUCUAGCUUGGUUAAAAAAUCAAAAAUGAAAGGAUCAAAAAAGGCACUGCAUUGUAUUGUUGUAAUUGGUGGUUGUGAACCGAUGGUGCCCAGAGUAGGGACCCACUGUUGGUAGGAUGUCUUGCUGCAAAUCAACCAUUAUAGCCUAGGUAUCGGUGGUAGUGUUUAAAGUGUUAUCAAUGUUACUCAAAUACAGACUUUUAUAAUUAAAAAAAAAACCUGCUUUAAAAUAUAGUUUAAAUACAUUUUUGCCAGUUAAAAAUGUUGGUACAAUGAAUCAAUUCAUUUUUCGUUUUACUUUAACUGUUACAUUUAUUCAUAAAACAUAGUAAAUUAAUUUUACUUCGUAUAAAAUGAUACCCCAAAAAAAGGUAAUGAGAAAAAACAUGUUUGAAAAAAAAGAAGAAGCCAUAUUUAGCACAAUUUGAAAGAUUGAAGCUUAUAAAUUAGUAUUGUGUACUGUUAAAGUGUGGGCCCAUUCACUAAUUACGAACACUGAUGCUUUCACCAUGAUAGGAUUGUGACUCAUCUCAAACUGUGUUGUGAAGGGAAGCUCAAUGAAUGUGUGUGCGUGUGAUCCUACAGUAUUUAGUUGGUGGAUGAUUCAUCAUUGGGUGCUGUGUGAAAUUUCUCAUCACGAUUGUGUCACUUGGUGCACAGGGCGGACUCAAAGCAAUAUCAUUGUGCAUUUAUCAUGACGGACGCUGUGCUAGGAUUGUUUUAGUGUUUGGCCGAGAUAGACGAUGGCCAUCACGUGCAUUGUGAGAUAGUCAUGCACUCUUAAGACACUUUCACUUGAUGUUACUGCACUGGUUAAAACAAUUCUAACUUUGGAGUUAUUUCCGCACUAAUGUUGAUCCAUAAAGGAUAUGUUUUUUGAAGCUCAUAACCACAUUGUUGCUAUAGAUAGUAUUAAUCUUUUGGAAACGAGCAAUUUGGGUUUACAGUAGUCAAAUGAGUGCAAUGCCAUUGAACGGUUGUGCGAUGUCUUGCCCCUAUCAGGUAGUUAAGUUUGGCAAACUUGGCUAAAGUCUCGAGUCUGGACUUGUCAAACUUUAUAAGCACAGGCCGUGCAGACAUGAUUAUCUUGAGGCAAAUUGUUUUUUUUUUAAUCCUUACAUACACAUGUAUUAAAAUAUAUUAUGACAGUUUAAAUUUAGUAGUUAAUAAAAGUUUGUUCAAAUUGGUAAACUGAACCAUGGCUAACAUCUUGAAGAUAGUUAUUUGAAAGACAAAGUUUACAUGGGUUUCUGGUUCCACAACAGAAACGAUGAGUGAAGGGGGUGUGGGGUUAUUGUUUUCUGGAAUAUUUAUCAGUAGGUGGAUUGUGAGCAUCUCGUUAUUUGAUUCAUAUGACAAAUUAUGUGUGUCCAAAUGAACUUAGUUAAGAACCUUUUAGUAAAUAAUUAUUUAAAAAAGGAUAAUUCAAAGUACACAAUGUGGUUGUGUUCUUCUAUUGCUUUACUUUUAAUUCACUAACAAGAGCGUCUAACCUAGAUUGAAUGUUGAAUUUUACAUACCAGUCUUGUAGUUUGAAGUUUUACAGCUGUUGUUAACUAAAGGAACACAUUUUAAGGUAGCAUUUUUGUUAUACACAAUUCAGUUUUCUAAAACUAUCAAGUAAAAUUUGUUUGCCUCUGUCAAACAAACACUUUUUAUCUUAAUCUAAUAAAAUAUGAAAAAUAUAGCAAAAUACCACUUGAUGAAUUUGUAUGUGUUUUCAUGACCUAGGACUUCCGUUUUGAAGUAAUUCAUGUUCUUCAAUUCGUAUUGGAAGACCUUGUUGAAAUGGAAUUGGUCAAUGGUUGCAUCCCUUGUUAUUGAAAAUGACUGACGUCACAUUUAUAUCAAAUCUUUAAUGGUGCAUUCGGUAAGAUUGUCAACUGCGAUAUAUUUAUUUUUUAUUUCUAUGUUGUAACAUCAAAUUGUAAUAUUCUUUCCCUUGGCAUAGCUUGGAUGGGAUGAGACGAUUGUGAAACUAAUAAUUUCUUUGACGGGUUUUGUUUUGUUUUCCAAAAUGAUUUAUACAAAUGUUUUUUCUUCAUUCUUUUUUGUCAAUCGACUACAGUGUUUAGUGUGAUAUCCCUGUGUUAACAAAGCUAUUUUUGUGUGUAUGUACAUUUGCGAUUUGUAUAAAUCAACUGUAAUUAAGAACGAUUUAUAAAGUAUUUUUGUUUGAAUUGAUUGGUGUACAGUCAUUUAUCAUUUUGCGAGUUGAGCGGCAGAUGUCUGGGGCUUCUCGCCACUCGUUUCUCACACACAGUGGAGCCAUUGUUUGUUCUGUCGACGAGAAGACGACAUUAAAUAUUUGUUAACAAAUAAAAAUCAUUGAAGAAACACAGAUUUUGAUAUGUUUCUUUGUUACAUAGAAAAAUAAAUUUAUUGCUUGCA